GGAGGGAUGGAGGGAGGGAGUCAGCAAACACAGCAAAAAGGCAGAGCAGAGGAGAAGAAAGGGAAGAGAGAGAAGGGAAGAGAGGGAGAUAAAGGGGUGAUGUGAAUCUCUGACAGUACCAAAGUCAAGAGAUGCAAUGACUAGAUGACCAUCCACUCCACACACCAGCAUCCUGUCCUGGAGCCUUGACAGGAGGAGGACACGAAAAAGAAAAAAGAAAAACAACCAAACCACACAGACUCAAAGGUAAACACUCUUCAGCCCAUAUCAGCGGAUCAUGUCUUCUACGGGGUCAACCAACCACAACAAGCGUCUGGCAUCUGAAACAGACAACUCUCAAAAGGUGCGUGAAAAGGAUUCUGCUCAGCACCUUAAGCUGAAGGACAGACAACGGUUCUUCGAAGACGUCUACCAGCAUGACUUGGACAAUUAUUUACCUUCUGCACACUUGCAGAUCGACUGCAGGAAACCCCCUAUGGGUAGUAUCUCAUCUAUGGAGGUGAAUGUGGACGUCCUGGAGCAGAUGGACUUGAUGGACAUAUCGGAUCAGGAAGCUCUUGAUGUGUUUCUCAACUCAGGUUCGGGAGCAGAUGCGGGAGCGCUGACGUCUCCUCUACCAGAUGGUGAGGACGAGGAGGAAGAUGAGGAGGAUGAAGAUGCAGAGGUUGUCUACAGGGAGCGUGCAUCUUUGAAACGGCAACAUGAAGUUUACCGCGGCUCACAGUCCCGCAUUUCGUCUACAUCGUCUGGUUCCAGUGACACCAGUGUGGGCGGAGUCGACACGCCUGUGAUCCAGUCAGAUGAUGAGGAAGUUCAUGCCGACACUUUGCUGCUGACCUCUGUUCCCCAAACCAGGGAUGAAGAAACAGAAGAGGAAGAUGAGGAGGAGAGAGGCCUUCCAACUAGUCAUAGCAAAGACUGACUUUUACAGCCUCUAGAGCCUGAAACUUCUCUCUGUCUCCACAUUCCUUUCAUACCAUCCAUAUGGGUUGAAACCUCAGCAUGGUUCACCUGGCUGUAACAUGCUAUGUCUUUUCAGUGUUUUCAUGAUAACCUUGGAUAUUUCUUCAAAUCUUACUGUACAUCAGUGUUUAUUUUUCUGACUGUAGCACAUUCUGUUAAUUGUCUGUUAAAGGUUUUUUUAUUUUUAUUUUGUGGAGGUCUCACAAGACAUAAGAUAAAAGAUUCCACUCUCCUGCACUAACAUGUUCUAACUGACAUGGCCCAGAUACACUUCAAGAGUUAUUGCUUUCACUGCCAGACAGAAACCACCAUUCUGACAAUUUUGUCUUGAAAGCACAGGUUCCUUCUUCAGAGCCACAGAAAGAGCAAAAAUGAAAAGUAAACGAAUUCAAGGCAACCAUAAAAAAAACUGAAGAUUUCUGGCUUAUAUGACAUUAUACCUCAAUUCUAAGUAUCUUGGAUUUUCCUCAUCUUGUUUAUUAGCAUUCAUGUUACAGUAGAUAGGGGUUACCAGGCCUUCUCAUGAAAACUCCUUUAGGAUGUGGGUCACGUCAAACUGUAGUCUGUUGUUCUGUUAUUUCUUUGUCUGCAGUCUUAAAAUGCCUUUGUGUUGAACAUUAAAAACACUAAAGCUUCAAAUAGACAGCUUUUAGCUUCGAGGCCAAUCUGACAGGACAGAGUUUCAAAAUGCAAAGGCCAUACAUCUUCUCCUUUCUAAAGAUCAUUGUGUUACACAAAUGAGUCCUAGACAGAAAAUCCCCCCAACACCUUUCUUUGAAUUCUUAGGAACUCUCAUUGUGUGCAUGCAGAAACAACGUACAGCAUACUGAAUGGAACUGUAUUUGUAAAUGCAUGCCAUUCUGUUCUUGUUAGUGACUACGUAAGAUGGUUUCAAUAUUGCAGGCAGUGCUGCGAUACGAACCUGUACUCAAUGCUCCUCCACGGGAGUCAGAAAUCGAGUGUUGGAUAAUUUUGGUCACGUGGAGAAUGAGCGACUCAGCUGACAGGUUUAUAUGUUUAUGAUAUAUGUGUGUCUGUUUGUAAAGUUGUAAGUAAGGAUGUGGAUGUUCAAGAACACAGGUAUCCCCCUGAUCCAACAGCUUCUCUCAAGACAACCUUUUUACUUUGUCUAUCAUGAUGUGUAUUUCUUCCUAUGAAGAAAGAUAAAUGAAUAAAGCAGAGGGUUAAGCUGC